AUGAAUGGUACGGGUGAAGCUAGAUCCAUUGCUCGUCGGGCCUCUGUCCAUCAGCAGAGACGUCUGUCGCUCCAAUACGAGCUGAAUUCGUGGAAUGCUCCUCCCUCCGGGACCAUCUAUGCCGGUAUUUCGGGUGCAUUUACGAAAGAUAGCGUGACGAUUGCCGUCGCCAUUCGCGACACCACCUACCUCCUGGACUUCUUCCAAAGAAAGCUUACGCCGAACGCCCACCGCACUAUAUGCAUGGAGAUCGGGGACUAUGUCAUCGGUUCGUUGCGCAAUUACAGUGAUUGUCAGAUGGAAAAGUUCAUCGGUCUGGCCAUGCCCAAGAAAGUCGCCGACGAAUGCCCAACUCUGUGCUCUCGUCUUUGGGCCGAGCUCGACGUGAUCCCCUUGGUCCUUGAUGAAGGCAACCGCAAGUCAAGCGAUGACAAGUUCAUCUUCGGACUACCGGAAUCCAAAUCCUGGUGGCACAAGAGUCUCGACGAGCAGGCGGAGUCAAUGGGCCGCAAAUGUGUCCGACUUUUCGGACCAGAGAACCUCCCGAUCCUGCAAGUUGGCUUCGGUGGCUUGGUAGAAGUCGACACGGCUUUCCAUGUCCGCCUGGCCAAUAUCGACGACUUCGAAAUGACGGUCAGCCAGAAGACAUGGGAUGCAGUGGAGCACUAUGCCAAAGACCUGAAGAACAGGGAUGUCAAGAUUGCUUUCUUCAGCGCAACCCCUCAAGGUGGCGGCGUUGCUCUCAUGAGACAUGCUCUUGUCCGGUUCUCCCAUGCACUGGGAACCAAGAUGGGCUGGUAUGUGCCGAAGCCACGGCCGGGUGUUUUCCGUGUGACAAAGACAAAUCACAACAUCCUUCAGGGCGUGCAACGCGACGGAGAGCGGCUCACCGAGGAGAAAUGGGCACUGGUCACAGAUUGGAUCCAUGAGAACGCAAACCGGUACUGGUUGACCGAGGGAGGUCCUCUGGACCACCCUUCGAAUGGAGGAGCGGAUGUUAUCAUUAUCGAUGAUCCUCAAAUGCCUGCACUGAUUCCUCUGGCGAAAGAGGUGGCGCCUGAGAGACCAGUCAUUUUCCGAAGCCACAUCCAAAUUCGUUCGGACUUGAUCUCCCAGCCUGGAACGCCCCAGGAGGAGGCCUGGGGCCGGAUGUGGGAGAUGAUCAAACUUGCAGAUGUCUACAUCAGUCAGCCGGUGAGCAUCUUUGUGCCGCCGAAUGUGCCUCAAAAGAUGGUCGGCUAUAUGCCUGCGUCGACGGACUGGCUGGAUGGACUGAACAAGCAUAUGCGGGACUGGGAUGUCGCAUACUACGGCCGAGUCUUCAAUUCUAUUUGUAGAAACUCAGGCAUGCCAACCAUUGACUUCCCCGACGACGAGUACAUUGCCCAAAUCGCACGCUUUGACCCUUCCAAGGGAAUUCCCGAGGUGGUGGAAUCGUACGUCAAGUUCCACCAUCGGUUCACCGCGGCGGUGCCCGACAAGAAGCCGCCCAAGCUGUUGAUCUGCGGCCACGGCUCCGUCGACGACCCAGAUGGAACCCUGAUAUACGAUGCCGUCGUGUCCCACAUCGAGGAGAGCCUCUCGCACCUUGCGGAUCUCAUUUGCGUCGUCCGACUGGGCCCCUCGGACCAGGUGCUCAACGCUCUCCUUUCCAAGGCCAAGGUCGCCCUGCAGCUCUCCACGCGGGAGGGCUUCGAGGUCAAGGUCUCCGAGGCGAUCCACAAGGGCAAACCCGUCAUUGCAACCAGGGCGGGUGGCAUCCCGCUCCAGGUGGCAGAUAAGAAGAACGGCUUCCUGGUGGAAGUCGGCGACACCGACGCGGUGGCGCAGCAUCUCUUUGACCUGUGCACCAACGACGAGCUGUACGAGACCAUGUCCAAGUUCGCACUGCAGCACGUCUGCGACGAAGUCAGCACUGUCGGCAACGCGCUCAACUGGCUGUAUCUGUCGGCGACGCUGUCCAAGGGCGAGAAGAUCUCGCCGAACGGCCGCUGGAUCAACGACAUGGCGCGCGCCACCGCCGGAAAGGAAUACACCGCGGACGAGAACAAGCUGAACCGCGAGGUCGACCCGGAGAAAAUGGGAGGUCCGGGCACACACAAAAUCGCCCACUUAGAGAAGGUGCUGUCUGAAAGAAUCCGUGCAUAG